GGCAGGUUUUCUGCUUCUCAUUUCAAAUGCCUCCCGCCAUUCAAAACAAAUGAUGUUACCUUCCAAAAAACUCAUUUCUCUCGUGCACCCAACUCUUCAUCUGGCUCACCCGACGCUUGAAUCCUUCAUCUGGAACACAGUCAUACGAGCCCAUGUCUUUGCCAUUGCACGACCCGCGGUCCAUUCUCCCAUUUGCAUCUACCUCGGCAUGCGUUACCAUGGUGUGGCCCCCGAUCUCUACAGCUUCCCAUUUCUUCUCCAGUCUUUUGAUUCCCCGUUUCACCUUCAUUCAGGUAAACAAAUCCACGCCCAAAUUUUCCUCUUUGGCCUUGCGGAUGACCCUUUUGUGCAAACGUCUCUCAUCAAUAUGUACUCGUCUUGUGACAACUUGAAUGUUGCUCGUCAGGUAUUUGAUGAGAUUCCAAAGCCUGAUUUACCAUCUUGGAAUUCAAUGGUUAAUGCUUACAUGAAAGUGGGGUUAAUUGGUAGGGCACGGAAUCUGUUUGAUAAAAUGCCUGAGAAAAAUGUUGUAUCAUGGAGUUGUAUGAUAAAUGGGUGUGUAAGGUGUGGGGAAUAUAAAGAAGCACUUGCUCUGUUCCGUGAGAUGCAAAUGUUGACAGUGAACCAUGUUAAGCCUAAUGAGUUUACCAUGUCUGGUGUUCUUUCGGCUUGUGGGCGAUUGGGUGCUCUUGAGCAAGGGAAAUGGGCUCAUUCUUAUAUUGACAGAUAUGGGAUGGAAGUCGAUGUUGUUUUGGGAACUGCUUUGAUAGACAUGUAUGCUAAAUGUGGGAGUAUUGAAGAGGCAAGGAGAGUGUUUAUAAAAUUAGGUUUGGUGAGUGCAGGGAAGGAGUACUUCAGGAGGAUGAAAGAGGAGUUUGGCAUUACUCCUUUGAUUCAGCACUAUGGUUGCAUGGUAGACCUUUAUGGAAGAGCUGGUCUCAUUGACGAGGCAUGGAAUGUGAUAAGAUCAAUGCCUAUGGAGCCUGAUGUGCUUGUAUGGGGAGCCUUGCUGAGUGGAUCCAGGAUGCACGGGAAUAUUGAAACAUGUGAGGCUGCACUCAAGAAACUAAUUGAGUUGGAUCCAAAGAACAGCAGUGCCUAUGUGCUCCUUUCGAAUGUGUAUGCAAAGAUGGGUAGAUGGACCGAUGUAAGGUCCAUGAGAAAUAUAAUGGAGAGAAGGGGAAUCAAGAAGGUUCCAGGAUGCAGUUUGGUUGAGGUGGGAGGUAUCCUCCAUGAGUUCUUUGUGGGUGAUGAUUCUCAUCCAGAGAGCAGAGAGAUUUAUGUGAUGCUUGAUGAGAUUAUGAAGAGGCUGAAGAGAGAGGGCUAUGUAGGAAACACAAAGGAGGUAUUACUUGACUUGGAUGAGGAAGGAAAAGAGCUGGCACUAUCCCUUCACGGUGAAAAAUUGGCAAUUGCCUACUGCUUCUUGCAUACAAGUCCAGGUACACCAAUUCGAAUUGUUAAGAACCUAAGAAUUUGUCUUGAUUGUCAUGCUGCAAUAACAAUGAUAUCAAGGGUAUUUGCUAGGGAAAUUGUUGUUAGAGACUGCAAUAGGUUUCACCAUUUUAAGAACGGGGCAUGCUCUUGUAAAGAUUACUGGUGAAAUGAACCCUACCAUUUUGCUAGGACCAAUCCUUCCAUCUAUUGGCAUUGAUGCCAUAUUAACCAUAAUCUUCAAAGUUGAAACAAUUUAGACUCAAUUUAUUGUCUUUAGAAGAGUGUCAUUGAGGAUAAUUGUGUGCACUUGCAACUUUGUCUGCUUUAGAGAAGUGAACAUGGACCUGUGGUGAGAUCCACGUUCCGAUCUGGGUAGAGACUAAAAAAGGAAACUUGCUUGU